AUUUGCAGAAUUAUAUGGGUCACCAUCAGUUCGAUAUCAUUUCAAAGAGCAAAUCACUAGGAACUGGAAUUGAUAUCACUGAUCAAAUUGAAGGAAUGAACUUGAACGGCUUGCAGCGAGUGACACAGGAGCAUAAACAAUUAUUAGAACAAACAAGAUGUCGUCUACGUGACCGUAUAUCAUCGCGAAUGGGCGAAUUACUUCUGUUAGGUCAUACUAUGCUCAACGAAUACUGCGAGUUAUGUGCGGGUAUUUUGAUGGAGAACCGCCAAGGAGUUCGCUCUUGCGUUGCUUGCGAUAUGGUGAAUGUAGAGCUUUCGAGAGGACAGAACGACAGGACUCCCGUUCCAAAUAACGAUGACCCGAACAAUUUGAAUGAUAUUGUGAUUGGACACAGCAACAUGAGUGGAAGUAGUAUAGUUUUGCAAUCACCAGCGCAAUUACUUUCAGCAGAUUCUCCAGCAAGAUCUUCGUACUCGCCAGUUGAAAGAGGUUCCUCUGUACGAACUCUCCGCAGUCGUCAACUCCCUGUAGAAGAUGGCAUAUCACCACAUGCUGAGUUCCUUGGAUCCAGAAAUGUUAAGACGGCAGUAGAGGCGGUCGAGGAUAAAUUAAAGUGGUGCGCAGAAAGACUGAAAAGUUGCGAAAAUGUGGAAGAAGUAAUGAAACUAUACGAAGCUAUUGAUCGUGGCAUUGGAAUUCUAAAACAUUUUAUGGCUACGUGAUGUACCUCUGAUUUCAUGUUGAUUAUGCAUGAAUUCUUUCCUAUUUGACAAUACGAAUAACUGCUAAGGUAAUUACAUGGCUGGUGAUGAGAUUCCGCUUAGCUCAUAUUCGUAUAUUUACCAUACGAAUUUCUAUGCUUUCCCUCUAACUAAUGCAUGGAACUAGUACAUGUUUCACAUAAAUCUGAUGUUCAAUAAAUUGGUUGUAGAAAAAUGUCCCAAAAAUCAUUUUCAGCAAUGUGUUAGGACCAUUUCUGAAUUUGACUAGUUGUAGUUACUCCAUAAUUUCGUGCAAUCUUAACUACAAGGGUAAUGUUUUAUCGGAUGAUUGUAACAGCAGCGUGGCGCAGUGGAAGCGUGCUGGGCCCAUAACCCAGAGGUCGGUGGAUCGAAACCACUCGCUGCUAGCACCGUUCACUUUUGCGUUCACCGUUCACAGUAGUAUUAUCAUACGAUAAAGAGUUUUGUGGAUGUGCUGUUACAGCAUGUACCAUUUGCUUUGAAAGUGUUGUGUGUUUGAAAGAAACGCAGUAAGCGGAAAAACAAUGCUGAGAUGUCAUAUAACCGUUUCUGUUAGAGUUACUAUGACUCAUCUUGACUUUGAAUUGUUAUCCUCCAGUGCUGCUGCUACUGUUCUCGGUCCCAUUACUCAUUGUCUGCGUUUCUGCAGUUCCAAAACACAUGUUUUUUUCUUCAUUUGUCUUUUUCUGACGCUCUUUAGCCUUCUAAAUGCCAUAUGUAACAUCC